CUCCGUAAAUCAAGCUAUAUGCACCAAUCAAUGAGCGCCACGAAUCACCUGCAUCAUCACAAGAAAGAAGACCAGCCUCUUCCACUCUGUGCACAGAUUUGAUGCAACGGAGUGAAACCCAGAUUUCGUGUUGUGAAUAAAAUGUUUUCCUUGAUGAUGACAAUGAGCAGAAACCGGAGUUAUGUGGAAUUUGGGCACAUAAGCCAUGGUAGGCCUCACUACCACUCUUGGGUCCCUUUGAUUGCUCUUUAUCUUUGUGUGCGGUCUCCAUAAUAUUCGUAUUCUCUUUCCACUAUUCUGUAAUAAAGUUUUAGUGUUAUGGUGUUGGUGUGCUAAUUGAUAUGAUUAUGUGGAUGAAUAUGGAGUUGCUUUUUAUUUUGGAUUUUAGGAUCUUAAUUGCCUGUAAAAUGGUGGAUUUGUGACAGUGAAAGGAUACUGAAAAUUUGAAGGACUACGCCCAUGGGCUCCAAUGAAUUUGAGCAAUGGCGACAAGUCAAGGCAAGAGUUUAGGUUAGUUGAGGAGUGGGGAAUUCACAUAGCUUCCUUAGGAUAUGAAACCCUUAGGUUGCAUAUUGGUACUUUAGAAUUACAAAAUAAGAUCUGUUGCUAAGGUAAGCCAUGGAGGCUUGGCUCAUUGUUGAGGGAUGGGUGGGGUGAAGGAGAAGAUCCCCUGCUCAUUUCCUUGUAACCAAAAAAGAGAAGAAAAAGCAUGGAGCUCGGGUGGGGAAUAUGAUGGAUGUAUACUCAUCAAUGCUAAGUUGAUGAAGUUUAACGAUUUCCACCUCCACCUCAGUGGUCAGUCAACUUAAUCACCAAUCACCUAGCGGCCAUAAUCAUGGAGUUUCCAUAGUUGUUGGUUGUAAUUGUCAACAGUGAUCUUCCUCUUAAAGUUUAGGCAUCAGUUGUAAUAUUUUUGUAAAUAGCUCUCAUCUCUCAGUGCUUAUUUGAAUGCCAUGAAUGAGAAUAAUGUUUGUAACUUUUCCCCAUUGCUAAACAUUGCAGGUCUUCAUGGUAUAAGCUAUUCUGAGUAUUUCUUUUUAGCCAUGGAAUAAGAGAGUGUAGAAAGCACCCAAACACUCAUUGUUAUUACCCCCAUUUCACCUUCCUACUCAUACCCAGUUAACCUUAUCUCCAUAAGCUCUGCCGCCCAAUUACCUCUGAAACUAAUCCCCUCUAAUUAUCCAUAUUGGCAUGCUCGGUUCUAUAGUCUAUUCUUUAAUCAUGAUCUCCUUGGUUAUCUUGACAGCUUUUUUCCCUGCUCAAAUUCAACUAUAGAUUCCAGGGGAACCUCAAGGCCAAAACCACUCCUACAUGUUUUGGCAGCACCAAGAUCAGUUAAUUCUUCAUGGCAUUUUGGCUUCACCAUCUAAGACUGUUAUUGAUCUUGUGUUAUCUGUCAAAACUAGUCCAGAAGCAUGGGUGUGUCUGAAAUUAGUAGAGAAGCAUUUUGUGUCUGGAAAAGCUUUAUGCUAAAGGUCUCACUCCAGAAUUAUUUCCUUCAAAGAUCACUUGAUGGAUACAACUUGUGGCUGUAAAACUAUCUCAGAGUUUCUUCACUCUCUCAAGGCUAUUACUGAUAAACUUGCCAUCAUUGGAGCACCUCUAAGUGAUGAUGAUAUUCUUAUUUACUGUCUUUGUGGUCUUGGUCCCCAAUACAAAGGAGCUAUUGCUGCCAUUUGGCUUCAAGGCAGUGCUCCUGCUUUGAAGAUCUUCAUGACAAACUCAGGGAACAAGAAGAAUUCCUUAAGCAUCCAAAACUGUCUCCUAUCAUGGCUAAUGCCACUACUGAAACUAGUUCUCAAUGUUCCAAUACCAAACCUGUACCUAAUUAUCCUAAAGGCAACAAAAAGCCAAACCACAAUCAAUUGCAAUGUGGUUUUUCAACUCUCAACAUGCUACCACCAGAUCCACAGAAUGUUUUCAAAUGCAAGCAAGGCAAUGUAGCCAAAACAUUGUCAUCUGUUGAUUUGUGGCAAACGGGGACAUGGUGCGUGACAAUGCUAUUAAAAUUUUCCCCAAAACUGUCCUGCACCAAUGGCUCAUCAUACUAGUACUAUAACCUACACUCACAAUAGCAAUUGACUCAUGGACUUAACCGCAUCUCAUCAUGUUUUCUCUUAACGUUCUCAUCUAUAUUUGCAUCAAGCAUAUCAGGGCCCUGAUGAUCAUAAGUGUUAGGAAUUUGAGGCUAAUCCAACCUAUGAUAAUCACCCUAGAGGGGGGGUGAAUAGGGUGAUGGUUUCUUUUUCAAAUUUAAACUAAGUAAAAAUAAGAGACAAUUUAUAUGCAAGUAUAUGAUAAGCAAAAUAAAGACAAUUGCAUAUAAAUUAAAAGAGUUAGGGAAGAGAGAGUGCAAACACGAGAGUUUAUAGUGGUUCGGCACUUCCUUGCCUACGUCCACUCUCCUCAACCUCCUAACCGAGUGAGGGUUCCACUAUCUUGAAGCUUCAACUAAGCUUCCAAUCUCUUUACAAUUGGAUUAUGGUUCCAAUUCACCCUCUUGGACUUUUUGCUUCCAAGCACCCUUUACAAUUCUCAAGAGAUAUCCCACUCUUGAAACUUCCUCUCAAGGUUUACAAAUGAUUGAUCUCACAAAAUCCUAGUAUUAGCUUUAAGCUCAAAUGAUACAAGAAAAACUAGGAUUGAAUAGUGCACUAAAGAUAUGCAAGUUAUGAAACAAUGGUGCACUCAAAAACACUCUUCUAAGGCUCAAAUAUAUUCAAGAAUGAUUUGGGAAGGUUAAACUCUCUAAACAAUGAAGAUUGGAGCCUUUUUAUAGAAGAAAAAAGCCAAACUAGCCGUUUGGGGUUCGACCGGUCGAGCUGGGGUUCGACCGGUCGAGCUGGGGGUCGACCGGUUGACUAGCCGUUAGCAUUUAAUGCUUGGCAGGAGACCGUUGGGCCUCGACCGGGUCUCGACCGGACCUUGACCGGACCUCGACCGGACGAGGUUCGACCUUGACCGGUUGAACAACCGUUCUGGAAGAAAGAGAAAAUUUUUGCAUUUUUCGAACGGUCAACCGGUUACUGUUCAUCCGGUUCAACCGGUUGAGCUGGGGGUCAACCGGUUACUGUUCAUCCGGUUCACCCGAUUUAGCCAAUUGAGCCGUUUUUUGCUCAACAACCAACUUUUCCAACUUAUAACCUUUGAAACAACAUUUAACACAAGGUUUUAGUUGAAAACAUGAAAUCAUCCAAUUUUAAAGAUAUUUAAAACAAAAUAACUCUUGGAUGAUUUAGGUGCAUAAGUAAGGAAAAUAAUGCAUGGAAAUCCUAGUGCACCAACAACCUUACAAAGAGACUUAAGAAGCUUUGGUCUUGAAAAACUCUUCUCUUUGAGGUGGUCUUCUUCUUCAUGAUUUUUCCUUGGCUUGAUUUGUCUUUGGAUUGCCACUUUAGAAGUCAUCUUGCCUAAUCACACUUAAAGUGUAGUCAUUAGUUCUAAACCUUGUUUUGUUAUCAUCAAAAUCAAGAUUAACCAAACCUUGGUUUCACAAUAAGCAUGAUGUGUGCUAUUAGCACCAUGAAAUCUACACCAUGUUCCAUGUCUCCCCCUUCUGCUGUAGUUGGGAUCAAAGCCUCCUCUCAACUUUGGCACAAUCCUCUUGGUCAUCCCUCUUGUAAAAUUAUGAUUUUUCUUGUUUAGUCUAAUUUGUUACCUUUGUCAUAAUGGAGUAUCAACAGUUUCUCAUUGGUGUGUCUUGCGUUUGUAAUAAAAUUCAUCGCUUACCUUCUGGAAUUUCUUCUUUGACUUGUUGUGGUCCACUUGAUUUGAUAUAUACCAAUGUUUGAGGUGUUGCCCUUGUUUUAUAGUUUUAUUUGUUAUGUUAUCUUUGUUGAUCACUUUACCAAAAACACCUGACCAUACCCUUUAUGUCACAAAUCUGGUGUUUUCUCCGGGUUUACUCACUGUAAAUCUGUAGUAGAGAAAUAUUUUAAAACUCCAGCUGUUACUGUGUAUUCUGGUGGUGGUGGUGGUGAGUCUGCAACUUUAAAAUAAGUUUUUGCAACUUUUGGCAUUCAACACUUAAAGAAACUGAUAGGCCUCCUGUACGUUAUGUGUAUACUAGAAAAGGGAAGAGGAAUGUACUGCCACCUGGCAGUUAGUUGUAACAGCCUUAGUAUAGGCUAGGUCACAGUUGGAUACGGGAGGUCACAGUUGGAUACGGGCUGGGAUGGUUUAAAUAGGAAAAGAGAGGGAAUUACAGGGGGCUGAAUAUUGUGGAUCUGGUAGGAGAGUGAUAGCCUCUCAAAUAGCUAUCUGAGGAUCAGUUGGGACUCUUGUUUCUUGAAAUUCUUGAAAUUCAAUAAUAAUUCUCCAUUAGAUACCUAUCAAUUUGGUAUUAGAGCAUCGAUCUAGAUGGCUCAGAAAAAAGAAUGAAGGUGGGUGGAUUUUCUAGAGAAGGAAGUUGGAGAAAUUAGAGAGGAGAUGUAGCGCUUACCAGGAAUGGAAAAGACAGUGAUGGACCUUGCCUAUAAUGUAAUGCGAGUUCUGCAGUCGCUGAAGAGACACAGAAGGCAGUGGUGGCAUUGUCAUCAGGGCGGGACACGACAACUGCUGCUCAAUGAGAAGACCGUGCAAGAUAGAUCCUUGGAGUUGGGAAACCCAGUGGGGGGGGAGGGGAUGGCAUCGGAUGAGACGAGGCAAGGCGGAAAUGGAGAAUGGUGCAGUAGCUGACAGGUGGAGAUGCUUGUAUUUACGGGAGAGAACCCUAACGGUUGGAUCUUCCGGGCCGAUCGAUACUUCGCGACGUACGGACUCACGGAAGAAGAGAAAUUAGUCGCCGCCGCGAUGAGUUUAGAUGGGGACGCACUCUCUUGGUACUAGUGGAUUGAUUCGAGGGAGGCGUUUGGGAGUUGGGAAAAUUUGAAGAGGCGAUCGUUGCUUUGCUUUCGUUCGAUUCAAGAAGGAAGCCUUUGUGAGCAGUUUUUGGUAGUGCGACAUCAGGGGAUAGUGGCAGCAUACCGAUGGGAAUUCGAGAUUCUGACGACUCCAUUGAAAGGGAUUUCGGAGGAGGUAAUGGAAAGCACGUUUAUGAAUGGGUUGCUUCCUGAUAUCCAGGCUGAGCUACGUUUUCUGCAACCAUAUGGGUUGGGCCACUUGAUGGAAAUGGCCCAACGGGUCGAAGAUAGGAAUUUAGCCAUGAGGGCAGCCAGUGAACAUGACCCAAAUAGCACCAAAAUGUUGUCAUCUGCAAAUCAAGGUGAUUGGAAGAUUGGGGAAAAUUUUCAAACUAGGGCAGUGGCUGUUAGCGAGAAGACGAUGAGCCAGCGACGUGAGAUUCCAAUAAAGAGACUGACGGAAUCGAAGCUUCAAGCCCGUAGAGAAAAGGGCUAUGUUUUAAGUGUGAUGAAAAGUUCUCACCUGGUCAUCGCUGUAAGAAAGAAUUACGGGUUUUAUUGGUGCACGAAGAUGAGGAGGAAGAGGAUAAUCAGUUUGACGGCAGAGCAACCGAAGAACCUGCACUCAUCGAGCUGAAAGACGUUGUGGAAUUAUCUCUAAAUUCCGUGGUCGGUUUAACUACGCCGGGAACUAUGAAGAUCAAAGGGACGAUUAGGUCAAAAGAGGUAAUCAUCCUUGUAGACAGUGGGGCUACCCACAAUUUUUUAUCCCUUGAAUUGGUUCAACAAUUAGCACUUCCAUUAACUACAAUAACCAGUUACGGGGUAAUGAUGGGAAUCGGGAUAUCCAUGAAAGGAAAGGGCAUUUGUAGAGGAGUUUGUAUUUCGAUGCAAGGGCUCACCGUGGUGGAAGACUUUCUUCCACUUGAAUUAGGCAACACUGAUGUGAUUCUGGGAAUGCCUUGGUUGGGGACUUUAGGAGACGUGAAAGUAAACUGGAAGAUGCUAACAAUGAAGAUCAAAAUGGGGAAGGCAGUGAUAGUGUUAAAGAGAGACCCGAGCCUUAGUCGGACCGAGGUAUCUCUUAAGGCAAUGGCUAGAGCACUAUAGCACCAUAGCCAAGGGGUAUGGGUGGAACUCUAUCAGACUUCCACCACUUCGGAUUUGAGUGAAGGAGUACAAGAGGUCCCGAAAACAGUCAAAGAAGUAUUAGCUCAACAUCAGCAAAUUUUUGGGCCAAUAACAGGGUUACCACCAAGUCGUGAUAUUGACCAUGCUAUUCAAUUAAUUCUGAGAGCAUCUUCGGUUAAUGUUUGACCCUACCGGUAUCCACAUAUUCUAAAGAAUGAAAUAGAGAGAUUGGUGCAAGAGAUGCUUGAGGCAGAAAUUGUUCGGCCUAGCUUAAGCCCAUUUUCUAAUCUAGUGUUGUUGGUGAAAAAAAAAAAAUGGAGGAUGGAGGUUUUGUAUAGAUUACCGUGCUCUCAACAAAGUUACAGUUCCGAAUCAGUUCCCCAUUCCGGUGAUUGAUGAGUUACUCGACGAACUUCAUGGUGCGACCAUUUUUUCCAAACUAGAUCUUAAAUCGGGCUAUCACCAAAUUCGAGUCCGGCAACAAGAUAUCCACAAAACGCCAUUUCGCACCCAUGAAGAUCACUACGAGUUCUUGGUGAUGCCUUUUGGGCUAACCAAUGCACUAACGACUUUCCAAUCGUUAAUGAACCGUAUAUUUCGGCCACACCUUCGGAAAUUUGUGCUCGUAUUUUUUUAUGACAUAUUGGUCUACAGCAAAGACUUGAAGGAGCAUUGUGACCAUUUGCAAAGUGUGUUGUCCAUUCUGGCGAACCACCAACUGCACGUCAAUGGAAAGAAAUGUCUCUUUGUUAAACCACAAUUGGAAUACUUGGGCCAUUUGGUUUCCACCAAGGGGGUUGCUGCUGAUCCCAACAAGAUUUCAGCCAUGGUAGAGUGGCCCACACCCAAAUCCCUUAAAGAAUUACGAGGAUUUCUCGGAUUGACUGGAUACUACCAUCGAUUUGUAGAGGGAUAUGGAGCUAUUUCUUAGCCUCUCACUUAGCAACUCAAAAAAGAUGCUUUUAAUUGGAACCUAGAGGCUGAGGCAGCCUUCCAAAAAUUGAAAACAGCUAUGACAACAAUUCCUGUUUUGGCUUUGCCCAACUUCAGUCAACUCUUCAUUGUAAAGACGGAUGCCUCGGGGUAUGGUUUGGGUGCCGUUUUGAUGCAAAGUCAUAGACUAGUAGCUUAUUUUAGUCAAGUCCUCUCAGCAAGGGAGCGACAAAAGUCUAUAUAUGAAAGAGAGUUAAUGGCUAUUGUCUUAGCAGUUCAAAAGUGGCGUCAUUACCUGCUUGGUCGCCACUUUAUUGUGCGAACAGAUCAAAGUAGCUUGAAGUUUCCACUAGAGCAAAGAAUAGUGAAUGAGUCGUACCAAAAGUGGGUUGCAAAGCUGUUUAGGUAUGAUUUUGAAAUUCGGUUUCGGCCUGGAUUGGAGAAUAAAGCAGCUAACGCCUUAUCUCGCAUCCCCAUUUCUAUGGAGUUAGCUGCCCUCAUGGUUCCCAGUCGCAUAGACACUUCGUUGAUCAGUUCACAAGUUGAAGCUGACCCACACCUAGCUAAGAUUCAACAGAGGCUGCCGGUUGAUCCGAAUGCUUAUCCUAGGUAUUCCUUGGACCAUGGUAUUCUCCUCUACAAGGGGCGCCUAGUCCUUCCCAAGGCCUCACCCCUUGUUCCAAUACUUCUUCAAGAGGGCCAUGCUAGCGUGGUUGGAGGGCAUUCCGGGUUCUUGCGGACUUACAAACGACUCACACGAGAUUUCUUUUGGGUUGGCAUGAAAAAUGACAUCAAAGAGUUUGUGGAAAAGUGUCUAGUAUGCCAACAAAAUAAGGCCCUAACUUUGUCACUUGCUGGGUUACUACAACCACUGCCUAUUCUAGAAAAAAUAUGGGAUGAUGUGACGAUGGGCUUUAUUGAGGGGCUUCCUAAGUCUAAGGGUUAUAACUCCAUUUUAGUUGUUGUGGAUCAAUUGAGCAAAUAUGCUCGCUUCUCACUGCUCAAGCAUCCUUUCACAACUCAAAUGGUGGCUGCUGUCUUUGUUCGGGAUGUUGUCAAAUUACAUGGAAUUCCCCGUUCCAUUAUUAGUGAUCGUGACAAAGUAUUUCUUAGCCGAUUUUGGAUGGAGCUAUUUCGGUUGCAGGGUACUUCUCUCUGCCAUAGUACCGCAUAUCAUCCUCAAACAGAUGGACAAACGGAAGUGGUCAACCGUUGUGUGGAGACAUACCUUCAAUGUUUUUCAUAUAACAAGCUUAGGCGUUGGUCUACAUGGCUUCCAUGGGCAGAAUACUGGUAUGAUACCACAUUCCACUCCUCCACUAAUACGACACCGUUUCGAGCAGUUUACGGGCGAGACCCACCACCGUUGCUACGUUUUGGAUCAGAUUCCACCUCUGUUCUAGCAAUGGAUCAGUUAUUGUAAGAG